AAGAAGAAGAAAAUGGCUUUGGGAUGGAGUUUUCUCAAGAUUUUCUUCUUAGUGUUAGCUUUGGAGUGCAGUACCACCCAUGUCCAUGGAGGUCGGGCGCCUGCGUUUUUUGACGUAACAAGUUAUGGUGCGGUUGCAGAUGGCAAGACUGAUAAUACCAUCGCCUUUUCAAGAGCUUGGAGGGAAGCAUGCAUGUGGAAAGGGAAGAGCAGGGUUGUGAUCCCAAAGGGAACAUACAUGUUGGAUUCAGUGAUCUUCAGAGGCCCAUGUAAUGGGCCGAUAAUGUUUAUCAUAAAAGGGAUACUUAAGGCCUCUACCGAUCCUCAUAUGUUCUUUAUUGACCACUGGAUUGGGUUCCAAUACAUCGAUGGAUUGGUGGUUAAAGGUGGAGGGUCUUUGGAUGGCCAAGGUCCUUCUGGUUGGCCUUACAAUGACUGCUUCUCCAACCCUAACUGCAAGCCUCUCCCCGUUUCAAUGAGGUUCGAUUUCGUGACCAACUCAAGGGUGCACCACUUGAGGUCAAUCAACAGCAAAAACUCCCACUUCAACUUAUUCGCAUGCAACAACGUGAACAUGAGCCACAUUCGAAUCUCAGCCCCGGAAGGCAGUCCCAACACCGACGGAAUCCACAUUGGAAGCUCAACCAACAUCCGGAUCACCCGAUCGAUCAUCGGCACCGGCGACGACUGCAUUUCCAUGGUCUCGGGCAGCCAAGACAUCCACAUCGCUGGUGUCUCGUGUGGCCCUGGCCACGGGAUCAGCGUUGGGAGCCUAGGAAAGUCACCGAAAGAGUUUGUGACGGGGAUCACAGUGAAAAACUGUACUUUCCGUGGGACCCAGAACGGUGUUAGGAUCAAGACAUGGGCCCCUUCUCUGGCUAGCGUUGCUUCGAAUUUUAUGUUUCAGAAUAUCUUCAUGGAUAACGUGAACAACCCUAUUAUCAUCGAUCAACAGUAUUGCCCGAAGCCUUUUUGCAAGGACGAUGAUUCAAAAGUUGAGAUAAGCAAUGUUACAUUCAGAAACAUAUGGGGGAGUUCAAGCUCAAAAGUUGCAGUUUCCCUACAAUGCAGUGGGAUUGUUCCUUGCCAAAACAUCAAGCUUGUGAACAUCAAUUUGUCCUACAAUGGCCCUCAAGGACCUCCUUCUACUUCUUCUUGUUCUAAUGUCCGAGGUCAAUCUUUUGGUCGGCAAAUCCCCUCCAGUUGCAUAUAGCUACCUUCUCGUCCAUUCUCGGAGCUACUUCGAUAGAUUUUCUGUUCAGUUAUAGAUUCUUCGUAACACACAAUGUUUUAUACCCUCUCAUUCAUGAUUGUAAUGGGUCCCACAUUAGGUAUUUUCGUGUGGACCUCACCAGCAUUGUGAGAGAAGCGGUGAAAAAACAGG